AUGCAUCUUUCUCUGCUCUUGCAUCCAAAUCACUGAAAUUGACUGGAAAUAACCAAGCAGUGCAGUCCAACCCAGUAUCUGAGCAGAGCCUGAGAGGGAGAGUAAAUAAAGUACCUGGAGUUAUUUCUUCUCUGCAGUAGAAAGAGGAAUCAUGGAAGGUGCACUGGCUGUUAUAACCAUGAUGGUAGCGGUGACUGUAGUGACCCUCUGUGGAGCUGUGCCCGGCACUUCACCCACCCAAGAAGAGCUCUCUAAAGCCCAGGACUAUCUGUCUCAGUUUUUCUCUGAUGUGGGCGUCAGUGCUCCCAGCACUGUCUGGAGAAGCUCUCUAGACUCAUUUGAAGACACUCUCAGAAAAAUGCAGGAGUUCUUUGGCCUGGAGGUGACGGGGCAACUGGACUCCAGCACCCUGGAAGUGAUGGCUCGCCCCCGCUGUGGUUUCACAGACGUGGCCAGAUACAGCCACUUCGAAGGCAGACCAAAAUGGGACAAGACCUUGGUCACAUACAGGAUAACUGACUACACACAAGACUUGAGACAGAGUGAUGUGGAUGCAACCAUAGCCAAGGCUCUGAAACUCUACAGUGAUGUCACUCCUCUGGAUUUCAAGCAGAUUGACAGUGGCACCGCUGACAUUAUGAUCAAGUUCAAGAGUCAAGACCAUGGGGAUUUUGCCCCAUUUGAUGGACAGAGUGGGGUCUUGGCCCAUGCAUUCUCCCCUGGAGAAGGUAACGGAGGUGACACCCACUUUGAUGAAGAUGAAAACUGGACUCUAACCUCAGCAGGAACCAACCUCUUCCUGGUAGCAGCCCAUGAGCUCGGCCAUGCACUGGGACUGGCUCACUCUCAGGUCCAGACCGCUCUGAUGUAUCCCACCUACCAGUAUGUUAACACAGAGGGGUACAAGCUGCCAGAUGACGACAGACAGGGAGUACAAGCUAUCUAUGGAAUCAGAACAACAUCAGCUCAACCAACUACUGAAACUGACCCAAAUCCACAGCCUACCGAAAAACCUGUGCCAAAGCCACAACCUGUGCCUGAACCACAUCCUGAACCCACACCAGACAGGUGCAGCAGGAACCUGAUUUUUGAUGCUGCAACCUCCAUCCAGAGUAAUCUUUACUUCUUUAAAGAUGGAUUUUUCUGGAAGAGGAGCAGCUCCUGGGACGGCAUCACUAUGAAGACAAUUCAGUCUGUCUGGCCUGGAAUCAGCAGAGUUGAUGCAGCUUAUGAGUAUCAGAAAGGGAAUACUGUCAUUUUCUUUGAAGGGAAUCGCUACUGGGGAAUCAGAGGAAACACUGUCCUAUCUGGUUAUCCCAAACCUCUCAGCGACUUUGGCUUCCCUCCAUCUGUCACCAGAGUAGAUGCUGCUGUCCACGUGUCAUUGACCAGCAGAACCCUCCUCUUUGUGAAAAACAAAUACUGGAGCUACAAUGACAGGAGGGGCAGAAUGGAUGGUGGGUACCCAAAAUACAUUCACACAGAGCUCCCCGGGAUUGGCUUCAGAGUGGAUGCAGCUUUUGAGAACAAAGGUUACCUGUACUUCUCAUAUGGAUCCACACAGACAGAGUACCACUACCUACGAAGAAGAGCUCGUCGCACUCUGUUCAACAAUAGAUGGAUGGAUUGCAACUAAAGAAACAAUAACGCAACUACACAAACACAAACACAGCUGUAAGCAUGCAAUAGAGCAAUGGUCUAUUCCAUUAAUUCAUCCUGAGUAGCUUAUUGUAGCUUUUCACUAGAAAUCUGCAAGGAAGUACAUCAAUUGAAAAAGAAACACAAUAUGAAAUUGUAUAUUAGAGCUGUAGGCAACAACUCCUUGUUCUGUAGCUAAGGCUUUCUCUUGGACAUGCAUCAAUUAAACAUGAUUUAAUCAAGCUUUAAUAGUGAAAAAAAUCAAGUUGAAACG